GCGACGCGGCGGGGAAGGCCCCGCGGUGGGCGGGCAGGGGGCGGGCGGGUGGCGGAGCCCUGCGCUGGCGCCGGUCCUCGGCCAUGCGGAGGCUCCUGGCGGCGGCGAGGGGCUGGCGCGGCUCCCCAGUUUGCAAGUCAUGUGCGCUCCGAAGAUUUUCCAUCCAGCCUGCCCAGCAGAAGAAGAUUCCAAACCGGUAUUUGGGCCAGCCCAGCCCCUUCACACACCCACACCUUCUCAAACCAGGGGAGGUAACCCCAGGAUUGUCACAGGUGGAAUAUGCUCUUCGCCGACACAAACUGAUGGCGUUGAUCCAGAAGGAAGCCCAGGACUGUGAAGGAGUGGACCACACAGUGAUUCUGUUAUCGAAUCCCACCUACUACAUGAGUAAUGACAUCCCCUACGUUUUCCACCAGGACACUAACUUCCUGUACCUCUGCGGGUUCCAGGAGCCUGACAGCAUCCUGGUGCUGCAGAGCCUUCCCGACAAAGCGCUGCCCUCCCACAAGGCCAUCCUUUUUGUGCCCCGGAGAGAUCCGAGACGAGAGCUGUGGGACGGGCCCAGGUCAGGCACAGAUGGGGCUGUUGCUCUCACAGGAGUAGAUGAAGCUUACACUAUAGAGGAGUUCAGGCACUUGGUGGCCAAGCUGAAAGGUGAGUCAAGCAUGGUGUGGUACGACUUGACUAAACCAGUGCAUAAAGAGCUGCACUCUGACUAUAUGCAGCCCCUGGCUGAGAUAAAAGCUCGCAGCAAAAAUCAUAUCCAGGGCAUCCGACGUCUAGUGCAAAACCUUCGGCUGAUCAAAUCUCCCGCAGAGAUUGAAAGGAUGAAGAUAGCUGGACGGGUGACAGCAGAGGCUUUCAUAGAGACAAUGUUUGCCAGCAAAUCUCUAGUGGACGAAGCCUUUCUGUAUGCAAAGUUUGAAUUUGAGUGCCGGGCUCGUGGUGCUGAUAUCUUGGCCUACCCCCCUGUUGUAGCUGGUGGCAAUAGAUCAAACACUUUGCACUAUGUGAAGAACAAUCAGCUCAUCAAGGAUGGUGAACUGGUCCUGCUAGACGGUGGAUGUGAGUCUUCCUGCUACGUAAGUGACAUCACACGAACCUGGCCCGUCAAUGGAAGGUUCACCAAACCUCAAGCAGAACUAUACCAGGCUGUCCUGGACAUCCAGAAGUCCUGUCUGAGCCUCUGCUCCCCAGGUGUGAGUCUGGAAAAUAUCUACAGCCUCAUGCUGAGCCUUAUUGGACAGAAGCUGAAAGAUCUGGGGAUCCUAAAGAGCAGUGUCACUGAGAGCCAAUUCUUCAAGGCUGUUCGAAAGUACUGCCCACAUCAUGUAGGCCAUUACCUGGGCAUGGAUGUUCAUGAUACCCCAGAUAUAUCCCGAUCGCUCCCGCUCCAGCCAGGCAUGGUGAUAACCAUUGAACCAGGCCUUUAUAUCCCUGAAGAUGACAUGAAUGCCCCGGAGAGGUUUCGUGGCAUUGGUGUGCGCAUUGAGGAUGAUGUUGUGAUAGCAGAAGAUUCGCCUCUCGUCUUGUCUGCUGACUGUCCCAAGGAGAUCUACGACAUCGAGCAGAUCUGUGGCCGCAGCUCAUGAUGACCCUCCUCUGCCUCUUGCAUCCUUCUUGGGAGGUGCACACCUCCAGGGAUGCGGAUCUCUGUGGCUGGCUGUACUUGUCGAGUGAUGGAAGGUGUGGACUGUUGACGGCUAUUUCCAAACCUGUGGCUGGGAAGCAGAAUGCAAAAGACUUAGGCACCGAGGGCUGAAAAGCAAAACAAUCUUUUCUGUGUGCAUUUUCCUUCUGAUUUCCUUUUAGCUGUUGUAGAACAUGGGGGUGAAUUCAUCCCUCCGAUAUGCGGAUCCAUCGGUUCUGGUGCCCUUGGAUGGGUUUCGUGAGUGACACCACCAGGCUUCUGCCUGGUCCCUCUACAUAUGCAUAGGUGCAACUGCUGAGCGCCCUUUAGCAGUAGUUCCACAACAGUCAGUUUUUAAAACUUUGAAAAAUGCUGUUUUGGGGGAAUAAGGUUGUGUCAGACACCUUUGACUUUACAGAGCCCUGGAAGAAGAGAGUUUGGUAGUCAGGAAAAUGGGUUUGGUUGGGAGGUAGCUUUACCUGAAGCCUUUGCAGAAUGCUUUAAGUGUUCUAAGGGUAAGGACGUGCUUAGACCUUGUUCAAGAUGCAAAAUGGGCCAACAGCAGGGAAAAACAUCUCAUCUGGUCCUUCAGCUGUUUGAAGUGUUUGGUAAUUUUAGAGAGUUCUAAUAGGGCUCAGGAGGUUGUACACACCCAUUCUUGCUGUCUUCCACAUUCUCUUCUUUUUAUCCCAAGUCUCCAUUCCAGGCUCCUGUUCUGAGCCCACCACUACCCUGUGAAGCUAGGGCCAUGUUGGCUAUGCUGGGUUCCACUGGGAAGCUGCUGGUUGUCGCCCAAAUGCGAGAUGUUCAGUUCUGGGACAGUCAUGGCACCUUUCUGGUUUAUGCUGUAAGUGCCAGCAACUUCAGUGGUGCAUUUUUCAAGAGACUGCAGUAUGGCAAGUCACAAGUCUUUUUACAGCUUUUGUGAAAUAAUUCUCCUUUUCAGAACACCGAGGGCAUAAUCACUGCUGCCUUUUGGGUUUUGCCAAGUGUCAGUAGGUAAUGCUAUGUGAUUAUAUUUUUGAGGCAGCUGCAAAUGUGAUUUGUGGCCAGGAUGGAUGAGGAGUAAAGAGACUUGCCUUUUGUCAGCAUCAAUCUACAACUCAAGCCAUUGUAUGCCAUAGUAAAUAUACCUACUUGAGGCAAA